AUUUUCCUCUCAGUGUUUAUUUAGCUGUCACAUCAGACGCUCGGAACGUUACAUUUUUAUAAUAUUUACAAUAUUGUAACUAAAAUUAAACAAAAUUGUUUUCUUUUAUUUUUGUUUUGUAAAGUGGCUUUUAAAUUUGUGUUUAAUUAAAUUUAUUUAUAAUUUAAUAGUCAAUGAUACUUCUAAUGGUGAAGAGAUGAUCCGAUGAGAAUUUUACUUGAAUAAACAUGCAGUUUAAUAAUAAAUUUGAUAAAAAUAUACAGCUACAGGUGAAACUUUAUCCAGCCUUAAACUAAUGGAACAAGUUAAGGAAAAGAAAUCGUUUAAACCUUAACUAUAAACGCUUAUCAUUGAAAAAGAAGACAGAAAGACAGGAAACGACUGAAAAUGGUUCACAAUACUGCAAUAAAGUCAACAACAGAAUCCGCACCCACCCAGAAAGAAGACAAAUUCGCAAAACUCGUCGGCCAUUUUGGAAAAUGGCAAUUCAUCGUGUUUUCCUCGGUGUUCCUGGUCAAACUGUCAUCUGGAUGGGUACAAAUGGCCAUACUAUUCCUGACACCCAGCUACACGUACUGGUGCAGUGAAUUCGACGGCAAUACCAAAAUUGAGGUAAAAAAUUCGACGUGUUACAAGAACUGCUUGAAGUAUGCAUACGACACGAGUCCGUUUGUUAACACGAUUAUAUCAGAAUGGGAUUUAGUUUGCGAGAGGAACUGGCUGGCGAGCUUUACGCAGAUGAUGUUGCAGCUGGGAAUAUUGAUUGGCAGCAUUGUAUUUGGUUUCCUGUCUGAUAGAUACGGCCGGAAAAACACAUUUCUGAUGUCAAUAGUGAUCCUCAUUGCAUUCUCAUUCGGCAUUCCCUACUCACCAAACUACACAACGUUCACCAUCCUCCGCUUCUUCAUGGGCUUCGGAACUGCUGGCACCAUGGUUAUAUCCUUCGUCAUCAUUAUGGAAACCAUUGGACCGAGAUAUAGGGAAUUGUUCGGUUGCUUAUUCCAAAUUCCAUUCAUACUUGGACACAUGACAACGCCCCUGUUCGCGUACUAUUUCAGAUCUUGGGACACCUUCUCUUUAUCCAUAGCUGUGCCACAAGUUAUAUAUCUUGGGUAUUUCUUCCUGUUAAGCGAGUCCCCGAGAUGGCUGAUAAGUGUUGGAAAAGUGAAAGAAGCGACGGAGAUAGUGACACAAGCUGCAAUUAUGAACAAUCUCCCAACAGAGAAAAUAGGAGAAGUCCUCGCAAACCUCUCCCAAGACAGGCUCACAAAAACCGACGAAUCCAAACUAAACUAUUCAGAUCUGUUCCAAAGCACAUUGAGGAUCAGAUCCGUCUGCUGUUGUGCCAUGUGGCUGAUCACCGGAACCAUGUACUACGGGUUUAAUCAGUACAUCAGUCAGACCAGCUCGGAUACUUUUGUUAGCAUAGCUGUAUCCGCUUCGAUCCAGAUACCAUCAAAUUUAAUGUCAAUAUGGCUUAUAAAGAUACUCGGUAGGAAGAAAACAAUGACGAGCGUUUUCAUUCUCGGAGGAGCAUUCAUCAUCGCUCUAGGGUUUGUGCCCAAGAUAUACUGGCUGACACUACUUUUGGGUUCUUUAGGGGUCAGUUGCGCCGGCGCAGCAGCGACGACCUUGUACGUUUACACUACAGAAUUAUUCCCAACAGUUGUGAGAAAUAUGGGUAUGGGCGCCUGUUCUACAUUCAUGAGAAUUGGCUCUAUGUUCGCGCCUUUCGUCUCCAACUUGUCUAUUACUACUCCAUGGCUGCCAACUGUCAUUUUUGGCAUAUCGUCGAUUUGCGCGGGAUUGAUCGUGCUUCUACUACCAGAGACAAAGGGAAAAGUGUUGCCUGAUACCAUAGACGAUAUUAAAUCAUGAUAUUAUUAAACUAAUACGAAUCUGUGUGUCUGUUUAUAUUCUUAUAUUGAAAUUACUGAAAUAAUUUAUAUAAACAGUGACAGAAAACUACCAGGGUAUUGAUCUAACAACCAAUGAAGGAAGAAUAAAAGGAGAUACAUUCCAAAAUUGAUUAUUUCAAGCAAUCACCUCACCUAUCCCUCAAGUCAUCAAUAGAACGUACUCAAAGUACACUAAAGUUGCACUAGAUGGCGUGAGUAUCAUAUGAUCAACAGCGAUCCUUAUGGCAAUCUAUGGGCGAAACUUAUGUUCAACAGUGAGCAAUAAAUUUCUGAACUUUUUUACGUAUUCUAUCGUUAUAUUGUGAUUCAAUUUUGAUUGUUUUGCAAUAAAAUAUAAUCUGUGGUUAUUUUUAUUUCA